GUAUGACGUGACGUUUCUCCUGACCAUUGACUGCUCCGGCUCGUGCUGUGAGCUGUUAUCGUUCAUUUAACUCAGAAAACAAACUCUAUACUCAACUUUCUAAAACUAUAUUCCCAGCAGCAAGAAGAGAAAAAAAUGGGCUAUUUGGCCGGUGAAAGGGAAGAGAGCUGUGCCAGUUGUGAGUGUACAGUGGAGGCAAAGAGAAGAAACUCACUGAGGCAGCAGCGGGAGCUGGACUCGUCCGUGGGAUGUACAGCAGGACCACAACACGGAGGUGCAGAUUUAGCACAGUAUCCAGCGGCGCCAUGGCUGCAAGGGCCCAGAGCAGUGCAGGGUUCAGAGCACUACCUGUGGGUGUGGCUUCUUCCACCAUCCAGCUUCUUCUGAUUCUCUGUGGUCACUUACUGGAUGCCCAGGGUCAAGGAUCCCGUCUGCGCCAGGAGGACUCCCCACCCCGGAUUGUGGAGCACCCCUCUGACCUGAUCGUCUCCAAAGGGGAGCCCGCCACUCUCAACUGUAAAGCGGAGGGGAGGCCGACCCCGACAGUGGAGUGGUACAAGGACGGAGAGCGGGUGGAAACGGACAAAGAUGACCCACGUUCCCACCGCAUGCUGCUGCCCAGUGGCUCGCUUUUCUUCCUUCGCAUCGUUCAUGGACGACGGAGCAAACCGGAUGAGGGAGCCUACGUCUGCGUGGCCCGGAACUACCUGGGAGAAGCUGUCAGCCGCAAUGCAUCUUUGGAAGUAGCAUUGCUGCGAGAUGACUUCAGACAAAACCCGACAGACGUUGUGGUGGCGGCAGGAGAGCCAGCAAUCCUUGAGUGUGUUCCUCCCAGAGGCCAUCCUGAACCCACCAUCUACUGGAAGAAAGACAAAGUGCGAAUUGAUGACAAGGAUGACAGGAUCACUAUUCGAGGAGGGAAGUUAAUGAUCUCCAACACAAGAAAGAGCGACGGUGCCAUGUACAUCUGCGUGGGUACCAACAUGGUCGGAGAGAGGGACAGUGAGACAGCACAAGUCACAGUGUUUGAGCGACCAACCUUCCUCCGGAGGCCCAUCAACCAGGUGGUCUUAGAAGAGGAGACAGUAGAGUUCCGCUGCCAGGUUCAAGGAGACCCUCCGCCUAAUGUACGAUGGAGGAAAGACGACGUUGAUGUUCCUCGUGGGAGGUAUGAGAUCAAGUAUGACAAGGAGGACUAUGUGCUGAGAGUGAAGAAAGCUUCCAUUAACGACGAGGGCACGUUCACCUGUGGGGCAGAAAACCGCGUGGGCAAGCUGGAGGCCUCCGCCACUCUCACAGUCAGAGCUCGCCCUGUAGCUGCGCCCCAGUUUGUCAUCCGUCCAAGGGACCAAAUUGUGGCUCAAGGCCGCACAGCCACCUUCCCGUGUGAAACCAAAGGAAACCCUCAGCCUGCUGUCUUCUGGCAGAAGGAGGGGAGUCAGAAUUUGCUUUUUCCCAACCAACCCCAGCAGCCUAACAGUCGCUUCUCGGUGUCACCCAGCGGAGACCUCACCAUCUCAUCAGUGCAGCGGGCAGAUGCUGGUUACUAUAUUUGCCAGGCCCUGACCGUUGCAGGCAGCAUCCUCGCCAAGGCUCAACUGGAGGUCACAGAUGUGCUCACAGACAGGCCGCCACCAAUCAUUCGCCAAGGCCCAUCUAAUCAGACACUUGGGGUGGACAGUGUGGCACUGUUGAAGUGCCAGGCAUCAGGAGACCCCAUCCCCUCCAUCAGCUGGCUGAAGGAUGGGGUCAGUCUGCUGGGGAAGGACGCCCGCAUGUCCCUGCAGGAGCUGGGCAGUCUGCAGAUCAAAAAUGUCAAGCUUUCAGACUCUGGGAUUUACACUUGUGUGGCUACCAGCUCCAGCGGUGAAACAUCAUGGAGUGCUUUCUUGGAAGUCAAAGAAUCAGGAGUGACGGUCAUGAAAAACCAUGAUGAGAACGAGCUUCCAGGCCCACCAUCUAAACCUCAGGUCACUGAUGUCACCAAGAACAGCGUGUCCUUGUCCUGGCAGCCUGGGAUGGUUGGAGCAUCACCCGUCUCCUCAUUUGUCAUUGAAGCAUUCAGUCAGUCAGUGAGCAACAGCUGGCAAACAGUUGCAGAUCAUGUUAAAACCACCCAGUUUACCGUCAAAGGUCUCCGUCCCAACACCAUCUACCUGUUCAUGGUCCGAGCAGUCAACAGCCAGGGCCUGAGUGAUCCGAGCCCCAUGUCUGAUCCUGUCAGAACACAAGAUAUAAGUCCUCCAGCUCAGGGUGUCGACCACAGACACGUACAGAAGGAGCUUGGUGAGGUCAUUGUUCGGUUGCAUACUCCUGUUGUCCUGAGUCCCACAACCAUUCAGGUCACAUGGACGGUGGACCGUCAGUCCCAGUUCAUUCAGGGUUACAGAGUUCUGUACAGGCAGACAUCAGGACUGCCUUCCCCAGGACCCUGGCAGACCCAGGAUGUGAAGGUCCCUUCUGAGCGCAGCGUCGUCCUCUCUGCACUCAAAAAGGGCAUUGUGUAUGAGAUCAAGGUCCGUCCUUAUUUCAACGAGUUUCAAGGGAUGGACAGUGAAUCCCGAACAGCACGGACAACUGAAGAAGCUCCCAGUGCCCCUCCUCAGCAGGUAACAGUUCUGACUGUGGGAAACCAGAACAGCACUUCCAUUAGCAUCUCCUGGGACCCCCCACCACCAGACCACCAGAACGGCAUCAUCCAAGAAUACAAGAUCUGGUGUCUCGGAAAUGAGACGCGCUUCCAUGUAAAUAAGACAGUGGACGCAGCCAUACGCUCAGUGGUGGUGGGCGGGCUGCAGGUGGGAGUGGUGUACCGGGUGGAGGUGGCGGCCAGCACAAGUGCAGGAGUUGGAGUCAAGAGUGAACCUCAGUCUAUUAUAAUCGGUAAGGAAUUCCGGGAUGUGAUUAUACAUGGAAACCGGAACAACAGCAUCACAGAACAGAUCACUGAUGUGGUGAAACAGCCUGCCUUUAUCGCUGGUAUCGGAGGGGCCUGCUGGGUCAUCCUCAUGGGCUUCAGCAUCUGGCUGUACUGGAGGAGAAAGAAGAGGAAGGGCCUGAGCAACUACGCAGUUCAGUCCUUCACCUUCACCCCUGCAGUGACAUUCCAGAGAGUCGAUGGUGGUCUGAUGAGCAAUGGAAGUCGGCCAGGCCUGCUGAAUGCAAGUGACCCAGGCUACCCCUGGUUAGCGGACUCUUGGCCAGCCACCAGCCUGCCUGUCAACAGCAGCUCCGGGGGACCCAAUGACCUGAGUAACUUUGGCCGAGGAGAUCUCCCCACUGGGCAAGGGGAUAAGACAGGCACCAUGCUCUCUGAUGGAGCCAUCUACAGCAGCAUCGACUUCACCACCAAAGCCAACUACAACAGCCCUGGCCAAACAUCCCAGGCCACUCCCUAUGCCACCACCCAGAUUCUCCACUCCAGCAGCAUCCACGAGCUGGCUGUGGACCUGCCCGAGGCCCAGUGGAAGGCCUCACUCCAGGCCAAGCAGGAGAUGGCCAACCUGGGGUACUCCCUGCCCGACAAGAACUCCUGCAACAACACCCUCCUUUUCAUUCCUGACUACCGAUUGGCCGAAGGAUUGUCUAAUAGAAUCCCACACAACCAAUCACAAGAUUUCAGCACCACCAGCUCUCACAACAGCUCAGAGCGAAGCGGCAGUCUCUCAGGUGGAAAGGGAGGAAAGAAGAAGAAGACCAAGGCUGGCUCCAAACCCACUAAAGCCAAUGGAUCCAACUGGGCCAAUGUUCCUCUGCCCCCUCCCCCUGUUCACCCUCUCCCUGGCACUGAGAUGGACCAUUAUCCCAAUGAGCAUCACGAAGGAGGAGGGUAUGAGAGUGAUGGUUGGGGCCCGCCCAUGCCCGUGCAGACCUAUCUUCACCAAGGCAUGGAGGAUGAGCUGGAGGAGGAGGAGGAGAGGGUUCCCACCCCACCCAUCCGAGGGGUUGCCUCUUCCCCAGCUGCUGUGUCCUUUGGGCAGCAGUCCACAGCCACCCUUACCCCUUCUCCUCGGGAUGAGAUGCAGCCCAUGCUCCAGGCCCAUUUGGAUGAACUGACCAGAGCAUACCAAAUGGACAUGGCAAAACAGACAUGGCACAUGCAGGUGGGCUCCCUUCCUCCCCAGGCUCCAGCUCCUCCAGUGGGCUACGUGUCGAGCACAAUGGUUUCUGACCUGGAGACUGACUUGCCUGAUGAGGAUGAGGAGGAGGAGGAAGAGGAGGAGGAUGAAGGCUAUGGAGCCAGGCAUCCCCGCGGCAUUGAGCACACACCAGGGUCUAGCAUUGACAACCUGGACAGCUCUUUAACAGGUUCUAUGGUGAAUGGGUGGGGCUCAGCCUCGGAGGAUGACCGUAAUUUCUCCAGCCAUAGGUCCAGUUUCGGCAGUUCAUCCGAUGGCUCCAUCUUUACCCACUGCAGCUUUGCCCAGGCCCUGGUGGCCGCUGCAGACAAGGCAGGCUAUCGCCUGGAGGGCACGAGCCUCAGCAAGAGAGGUAAAGGCUUGUCCCACAGGCCCCGGCCCAGCAGUCCAUUCUCAACAGAUGGCAGCACAGUCGGCACACACAGCCUGGGCCACCAGAGGGCCACCAGGCCCACACGCAAACCCCGAAGCCAGGGCACAGCACCCCACCGGAGAGAUGCUGGUGCAGACGACCUACCUCCUCCCCCUGAGCCUCCUCCCUGUCAGGGGCAGGGCCGUAUCCAGGGGGCCCGCAGUGUGAGCAGCAUGGUGCCCCCUACAGAUAGGAAGGCUUCAUCUCUGGAGCGCCCGCCUAUGUCAGGACCCCUGUCUGGGCCGGAUGACAUGAAGAGCUCCAUUGACAGACAAGCACGCACUUCUCUGGAACAUCAUCGCCAGGCUCAGGACAGACUGGGCUCCAUGGACCGAGCUGAUGACGGGCGCAGGGGGCACAAAACAGAGGAAGGGUGCCUGCCAUACAACAAACCAUCCUUUCCCUCCCCUGGUGGCCACAGCUCCUCUGGCACAGCCUCCUCCAAAGGCUCGACAGGGCCACGCAAGGCAGAGGGGCCACGACAGCCACAACAGUGGACCGCCACAGAGCACGCUGAAUUUCUGGGGACCAAUGGACACGGACAGUACUCGGGAGAGUUAUAGUGAUCUGCCUGGGAUGUGAACUGGAGAAAACCCGGUCUGUCCUCGAAAGAUUGACGCCCUCCUUGUUGGGGCAACAAACUUUGUCCUUAUCUGUGUGUCCUCAGAGGGAAGGAGUGCAGCUGAGGCCACUACGGAGGAAAGCAGUGUCACAGAACUGUAAAUGUGAUGUAUAGACACAGACAUACUGUACAUCUCACUAUGUUUUCGUCCUCAAGAAAAUAUUUUCCACCUCCUACCUUACUGUAAUUUUCUUUUUGUUAGAAAAAAGCAAGUAAAAAAAAAAACAAGAAAACAUCUAUACGAGAACAAAUUUUCUGGUAACUGCCCCUGGGGAAAAGGGAAUUUUGUUUCCUGUAAAUAUAUUCUUUAACUUGUUGUUGCAUUGCUAUGCAAGCCUAAUUCAGUUUGAGCUUUUUAUUUCCAUAUACAGGAACAGUUGGUUUUAUCUGGUUAUUUGUAUUAUAUGUGAAUUGAGUGGCUGUUGUGCCAUAAAAUAAUUGUUUUAUAAUCCAUUGUUUGUUAAUAGUUACCAUUAAUUAUUAUCAUUAUUAUUAUUAAUUAUUGUUUUUGCACUGCAAUUUUUGGUGAUAAGCACAAAAACAUAGCUCCUGCUGACAUGAAGAACCGGAAGAAUAUGUGAAGAGGAGUUUCUGUACUGUAAAGUAAAGAGAAGAAAAUUAUAUACUAAUGUACAGAGAGAUAUUAAAGAGUACGGCUUUGCUCACAGACAGCAACAAAUAAGGCACCCAUUUCCAUAGUUAAGACUAAUUGGGUGGCAGACACACAAGGUUCCCGAGAGUCUGAAGGGCAGAUAAGAGGCUGGGAGAAUUGUACACAGAGGAUACUGUAUUACUGUAGGAGGCCGAGUCGAUUAUUUAAUAAACUGUCCUAAAACAAUAGUUCGAUAUCAGAAACGUUUAGUGCAUUGGGCAACUCCAGGCAUUGCCAUGGUUUCAGAAAAAGACUGAGGAAGUUUUUAUUUUUUAUACAAGGGUAUCCAAGCAUUUCAAGUUUUGUUUUAUGAUUUACUGCCUAAAUAAUUUUACUACACUGAGUUUACGCUCCUGAUUCAGUAUAACAGCACACUAACCAUAAAACAGCCAAAAGGGAGGAGGAGUCAGUGAAAUCUGUCCACAUGCUGUACUUCAGUCAUAGCACUUACAGAGGCAGAUUUAUGAUUCUUCUGCAGCCUUAAUAGGUAAGCUGACAUCACAAAGGAGUAUUUAUUGGGAUUAGUAGCAAUGAUACUACUAAACCUGCCUAAAAUAUCAGUGGAGCAAUAUAAUUUGUUUACAUCUUUUAUGUUUUGGAUUUUAUUUCUUUGGUUCCAUCAUUUUAAUAUUGUUUUGCUUUUUAGAGCACUUACUGUUUUGUGUUUGUGAUAUUAUUCGUGGUAUCAUCCAAGAAAACGACACCUGUUCAGGCCAGCUAAGUGCUGUUAAAAUGAAUCUAUUAAAGCAGAUGUUGCUCUAAAGGUUGGUGCCUCAGUUGCCAAUAGGUCAGCACAGCCUUGUGUCAAUAACUUUGAAAAGAAUAGGUGUGUAUAUGAUUUACAAUGUAGCUUUCAGUCACUGUUUGAUCCCAAAUGGUGAAGUGAUAAUGGAGAAAAGCCUUGUAUAUUAACUAGCAGGUCCCACUGCCUCCAUGUCUACAGCCACAGUGUGGAGCAGAACACUUUCUAUCUGCCUGACCGCCACAAGACACACACUUAUCAUCUGCCGCUUUUGACUUCUCAGCCUCUGAAUCUCAAUUUUUUUGUCUAACCAGACAAAGUUUUUAUUGGUUGUCCUUUUUUUAAUGAAAAGCUUGUUUCUUUGUAUGCCUUUUAUGGACUCCAAAACGCUGCUUACAACAAUGUUUUCGAUAUUAAUGUUCAGGAUUUUUGUGGUUCAAUGACUGUUUGUUUUGUCUUUUUUUGUACUGCUAAUGUUGAUAAAAAGGGGGGUGGAAACUAAAGGCCGUCAGAUGCUGUUGUACUGUUGUUGUCAUGCCAUUGUCAUUUUAUAUCAUCCACCCAGUGGCCAGUGUUCUGGAAAUGAGGUGCAAAGAGUAUCUCAGGUUAUUUUACAUUCUGGUGGUGUUUAUGUAUGUGUAUAUAUGUGUAUAUAUCCAUACGCAUCUCCACUUGAUUAUGCCAUUCCAUUUUCAUUUACAAAAAUAUCCCUUUCCUGUCCGAUUCUGUCGUCCCCUCUUUUCUUUUUCUGCUGUGGAUUUUGAUUCUGAGUAUAAUGUGCUGGUUCAUCCACCUUAAGACAAGAUGUCAGUAAAAGAACAUACCAAAUUAAGAUUGAUAUUUCUAAUGUCUAAUGCGUUUUAGUGUCUCUUUAAUACUCAUUGUUUUCUUUUAAAUCACAGUGUCGUUUUGUAUUUAUUAAAAUGAUAAUAAAAGUAUAUUGUGAAAUAUGCAUAAAGAUUCGUGGAAUAUAAAAUGUGUUUUUUGUUCCUUGUAAAGUUUGCUGUCAGAGCCGAGCAGCGAGGCCAUAAGGAGAUGAUAGGCACACUGUGCUCACAGCAUGGUGAAGUGCCGGGUCAGUAGUCGUCUGAGUCACUCUUCGUCCUGCAUGUUCACCGCACUGCUCCUCUCAUGUCAAAACUAAAGAGACUCAAAACCUUUUUGAACACAAGGAGCAAAAACGCUCACAAUUUGCUUGUCAAGACAAUAGAGAAAACGUCUUUUUGGAAGGAUGAAAGUACUUUGGCUUUCCCUCUCUUUUGUUCAUUUUCUCAAUAUUGUUGAUUCUUUGUAGCCUAUCUGUGUGUUGCCUUUUUGCUAUAAAAGAGGAUUAAAAAUGACAAAAAGAGAAAGUUGUUGGGUGAAGUCUUUCUGUACAGUAUGGGGUGAGGUGACACUCCGAUCCAAUGCCAUUUCUACAGUACAGUACAUUCUGCUUUUUUUUUCUGUAAACCACCUUCUGUAUUCACUUGCAUGUCCUUGUCCGAGAAGAGAGUGAAUCAAGAAAAUAAACUUUUACAGUCUCAUUCCCAUGUCCUGUAAGAUAAAUCCAUGUUCUUUUAUUUCCUUGUACCUGGAUCAAUAUCAAAUAAAAUAUUUUUGAAAAAUGAAAA